AUGCCUUGGGUUCCAUUAUCUUUUGCGUCUUCUUCAGGAGCCAUGGCUUUGUGCUCCAUCUUCUCCCCUCGUGUCCCUGUUCGAUUCAGACCAAAACCCAUUUCCCCUUUCCUCUCAAAACCCAUGUUUGCUCUAUCUUAUAGGGUUUACUCUUCCCUGCAACCUACUCCCUCUACCAAAGAUGAACUUGGGACUGUUAGCAUUGGGUUUCUGGGUAUCGGCAUCAUGGGUUCUCCAAUGGCACAAAACCUCAUCAAAGCUGGGUGUGAUGUGACUGUAUGGAACCGAACUAAGAGCAAAUGUGAUCCUCUCAUUGGAUUAGGAGCAAAGUACAAGUCUUCUCCUGAAGAAGUGACUGCUGCUUGCGAUGUCACUUUUGCGAUGCUAGCGGAUCCUGAAAGUGCAAUUGAUGUUGCCUGUGGAAAGAAUGGAGCGGUAUCUGGAAUUAGUUCAGGAAAAGGGUAUGUUGAUGUCUCAACCGUUGAUGCUGCCUCAUCGAUUUUAAUUAGCAAGCGUAUAAAGGAUACCGGAGCAUCAUUUUUGGAGGCACCAGUUUCGGGUUCCAAAAAGCCUGCCGAAGAUGGGCAGUUGAUAUUCCUCACAGCAGGUGACAAGCCACUAUACGAAAAAGUUGCUCCUUUCUUAGACAUCAUGGGAAAGUCAAGAUUCUAUUUGGGUGACGUUGGUAAUGGAGCAGCAAUGAAGCUUGUCGUCAACAUGAUCAUGGGAAGUAUGAUGGCAUCAUUUGCCGAGGGAAUACUUCUAAGCCAGAAAGUAGGACUUGAUCCAAACGUACUGGUCGAGGUUGUCUCACAGGGAGCUAUCAAUGCGCCAAUGUACUCGCUUAAGGGCCCUUCAAUGAUCAAGUCAGUGUACCCUACAGCAUUUCCAUUGAAGCACCAGCAGAAGGAUAUGAGACUCGCACUCGGACUAGCGGAAACCGUUUCUCAAUCCACUCCGAUUGCAGCAGCAGCAAACGAGCUUUACAAGGUUGCGAAAUCUUAUGGAUUAAGCGAUGAAGACUUCUCUGCGGUUAUCGAAGCACUAAAAGCUGCAAAAUCCCAAGAAGCUUAA